AUGGAAUUACAAAAAGAGAUCGAACACGUACAGCGAAGAGCACUGAGAAUAAUAAUUCCAUACAUGUCUUACGAAGAUGCUUUAUGUCAUCUUCAACUUGAAUCGCUGAGAGAUAGAAGAGAAUUACUUACUAAAUCGUUCUAUCGCUCUGUCUUAAAGCAGGACAACAAAUUGAAUGACUUGAUUCCUACUGUUGUAAAUCAUACUUACUCUCUUAGGAACCCCAGAAAUAUCCCAAUGUUUGAAAGUCAAACAG